CGGCCACGAUUAUUUAUUCAUCGGUUGGCAACCCUUCACUGUUUUGAUGUUACACGUUGACCGGUGAACGUAUUAUCCAUAGAGUAAGACAUUAUCACAACGCAUCAAUCGUACUAUAUCCGUUGAUUUAAUGUCUACACUGCCGAGCAUCACCAGCACGUCACUCCGCGGCGACCCGUCAACUUCAGUUUACGCUUUCGCACAGCUACGCGACCGUCCGGAAGUCGAAGAGGUAUAUAUCAUAAUAAUUGCAUCCGGCCACCGUCGUCACUCAUAAGUCAUAACCAUAAUCAAAUAUCCUUCGUCGUCGGCAUCGAGGUCGUCGUAAUAAUAAUAAUAUCGUACCGAUACCGACAUGUUUGCACUGCCGUCGGAUUACGUGGCCGCUCAGGACGCCGGCAAAUCGUUCGCCGCCGACUACUACGGCCGACUGAACGCGUCCGCCGAAUCGGUGGUCGACAUGUUCACCCAGCGUUCGCGGUACUACUCGAUGGACUCGUUGAACGGUCGGCCGGCCGUCGGUCGGGCCGACAUCGUCAGGGAGUUGCGCCGGUUUCUGCGGACGUACAGCGCCGGCCGCCGUUUCGUCAGCGUAGUGUCGGUGGACGCGCAGAUCGACGUCGGCGACGGUGGCCAGGCGACGAGGAACUUUGGCCGCGGCGACAGCGACGACAGCGACAACGACGAAUUCGACGACCCGUACCUGGCGGUGUUUGUGCGCGCCGAAUGGGCCGAUACGGCGCGCGGGUCGUCGGCGCCGCUGCCGUUCGUCCAGACGUUCCGUGUCCGGUGUCUGAGGGCCGCGGUCCACGGCCACCGGUUCAAGAUCGUCAUCACCCUCGUCAAGACGCUGGUGGCCGCGGUCCAACCGCUGUUACAGGGGCACCAACCGCAGCACCGUCAGCGUCGUCGGAUGGACUCCGACCUCAGUGGUUUUUCUGAUUCUGAACUUGGAGGAAACGAUUACAAAACUCCAAUAACAGGACAACUUAAACAGGAGACAUAUGCAGGUUACAAGAGGCUUUUGAAUGCAGAAGCUCGGGAAUUUGAGAUGUGGUCGGACUCAAUGUCGCCACCGCCUCUGGAGACGCAGUCCACGGACGACGAACAAGAACCGUCCGAUGGGGAUGCGGACGAUCAGGAGUCGAUCGGCGAGCAGUACAUGACCUACAGGAACAAGGUGAAGGCGUUCCUAGAGGAACCGAUGACAGACUACCAAUCGUCGACACGGGCUGCGGCCACCGAUGAUGACGACGACGGUGACCGUCCGACACAUCUGCUGCACGUCGACCGCGUGGAAAAGUCGAUCACGGCUGACCAACUGUUCGCGGCUUUCAGUCGUUACGGCAAAGUGCUGUGGGUCCGAGUGUUUCCUGGCGGAUACAGCUGGCCUUCCGGUUCCGUCUACCCGUACCAUUCAGCACGCGUCUACUUCGAGCGGACCGAGUCCGUCGACAGUGUAUUGGCCGACCACCAGGACCCCGGCUGCACGAUCAACGGCGUCCUGGUGUCCUUCAGCAAGUCCAAACCAGGCCAAUGAUUUACGACGGCGAUGAUGAUGUACUUCCUGUUUUGGUUCAGAUGCUGUGAAAUCUCAAAAAUAGUACAUUCAAUUGCAACUUAUACAAGGGAAUGGAAAAUCAAUACACAGCUGUCUUGACGUAAAAUAACAUUUAAUUUUAAAUACCAAUUUCGAUAUGACAUUUAUACUUUUAUCAAAAUAUUGAAAU